AUGAUGAUGAAAUUAGUUGUAUUAGCUUGUAUCAUUGCUACUAGUUUAGCUUUUCCAUAUGGUGGUCUUGGUAUGAUGGGGCUAGCUGGUAUGUACAACCCAAUGGCUAUGAUGGGUAUGUACAACCCAAUGGCAAUGAUGGGAAUGUACAACCCAAUGGCUAUGAUGGGAAUGUACAACCCAAUGGCAAUGGGUAUGUAUAAUCCUAUGGCUAUGGGUAUGUAUGGAAGUGGAUUUGGAUUAGGAGGAUUUGGAUUAGGAGGAUUCGGAUUAGGUGAAACAGCCAGUCAAUCACAACCUUUCCCUCAAGAUCCUUUGGCUGGACAAUUUUAA